AUGGUAGCCCCAAGGAACACGGCUUACGCAGAGGAGAGCGCGGAGGUGGAGGUGUUGUAUGCCAAUCUUGAGAAGCUUAAAGUUCUUACCAAGAAAAUCCAAGGUUCCCUUGUCCGCCUUGAGACUGGAGGGAACGUCGUGAAACACGCCAUUGGGCCCAUCUACAGUAAUACCCAAUCGCUUCAAAUCACCAACAAUAACAUUGAUAAGGUCAACGACGCUAUUGACCGUCUGCGCCAACCGCUCGACGCAAAGAGUCGGGAGGAAGGCAUCAUCCGUUCUGGGCCGCAAAAUGUUGAGUUGUCGCAAUAUCUUGCAGCAAUAAAACGUGUAGAAAAGGCCCUCGUCGACCUAAACUCUACAAACUUGAGAUCGAACCAGAAGGCUAUUUCUGACUUCAAUGCUUUGUUGAGUACCGGGACCGUUCGACUUCAGGACUUGUUACGAAGCAAGCUAAGCGACGACGUCAGUACUAUUGAGCCUUUGCAUUAUUUAACAAAAGAACUGCCGUUUCCUUCGAUUCCGGAAGAAACUGUUACAGAGCUGGGAUCUAUAUGUGCCGCAAUCAACUCCGCAGCAAUCCACGGCCCACAACAUGGCGACGGCGGAAAUCCCGCCCUUAAAAUAUAUGCUGGUGUCCGGGCACCGUAUAUUACCUCAAGCCUGCAAAAUCUUGCCAUUGCAUCGCUGAAUACUGUUAAGAGGCGAGCUGAUGAUGGCCCGUACAGACAAGGCACCAAUGGAAUUGGCAUUUAUUCGAAUGCUUUGGAGAACUUCAUAUACGCCGAGCACGAUAUCAUCUCAAGAAUCUUUACUGGAGAUCAGCGAGGGUUGGCUCUACAAGCGACAUGUCAGUCGGCUAUGGCUGAAUUCUCGAAGACUCUGCGUGAGCUCAAUCAAUAUAUCAAGGCCAAUCUCAUGACAGACUGCUUUUUAGCUUUCGAAAUCAUUGAGAUUAUUACAGCAAUGUCUUAUCGUGUUGAUUCAAAGACAGGCGAGCUUAAGAGUAUGUUUAUUGAAGCUCUUAGGCCUAUCCGCGAAACCGCAAAGUCAUCCCUCUCAGAAUUGCUUGAAGAGACGAAACGAAAAGCUGCAUCCAUCCAGGUUCUUCCACCAGAUGGUGGGUCCGUGCCUCUUGUCAACGAAGUCAUGAGCUCUUUGGUCACGUUGACUGCUUAUUCUGGACCGCUGGCAUCUAUUUUAACUUCCUUAGGAGAUGGAAACUGGCGCUCUACUACUAAUACGUCGGGUACUGCUCCUUUAGAUGUCAGCCCAGACAGUUCAACACUUCUAUCGCACUUCAUUCUUGACAUGAUCGAAGCCCUUAUGAUUGCCCUGGAGUCGCGGGGCCGGGCAUUCCAUCGCACGAAAGCUGUCCAGGGCGUCUUCCUAUCGAAUGUAUUUUGCAAUGUUGACCGCGCUAUUCGGUCGAAUGGCGAACUAGCACGAUACCUCGGCUCUCCUGACAGUAUCGCGCGGAUAGAUACCUUUCGCAAGCGCGCCACUUCGACCUAUUUGGAUUCUUGGAAGGAGACUUCGCAGUAUCUGCUUGAUGUGCAAUACACAUCUCGGGGUGCCGAUAAAGACGCAAUUAAAGAUAAGUUCAAGGCGUUCAAUACAAGCUUCGAUGACCUGGUUUCUCGUCACAAGGCUCUGUAUAUGGAGCGAGAAGUGCGAGGUGUCCUGUCUCGUGAGGUGCAGACUGUCCUGGAGCCCUUGUAUGCGCGUUUCUGGGACCGCUACCAUGAAAUCGAUAAAGGAAGAGGCAAGUACGUCAAGAUGUCUUCGAGCAACGAUGUUUACCAGACCCCUCUCAACUCGCGUUAUGCGAGCGAUGAGAUGAAAUACCUUUUCUCUCCAAGAAACCGUUUCUCCACCUGGAGAAAGCUGUGGCUGUGGCUUGCUGAGUCUGAGAAAGAACUCGGCUUGUCUAUCUCCGAUGAGGCUAUUGAGCAGAUGAAGGCCCACCUUACCAUUCAGGACGAAGAGUUCAAGGUUGCUGCCGAGGAGGAAAAGCGUCGCAGGCACGAUGUCAUGGCUCACGUCCAUGCUUACGGUCAGGUUGCACCCGCCGCUGCUGGCAUCAUUCACUGGGGUGCCACUUCGUGCUACUGCACUGACAAUGCGGAUCUGAUCUUCCUCCGUGAUGGUCUCGAUAUCCUCAUUCCCAAGCUUGCUGUCGUCAUUGACAAGCUAUCCUCGUUCGCUCAGCAGUACAAGGACUUGCCUUGUCUUGGUUUCACUCACGGCCAGCCUGCUCAGCUUGUUACUGUCGGAAAGAGAGCCUGCCUCUGGAUUCAGGACUUGCUCAUGGAUUUGAGGAACUUGGAGAGGGCUCGUGAUGACUUGCGCUUCCGUGGUGUCAAGGGUACCACCGGUACCCAGGCUUCUUUCCUCCAGAUCUUCGACGGAGACCACUCCAAGGUUGAACAGCUGGAUGAGCUUGUUACCCAGAAGGCCGGCUUCGAUUCCGCAUUCAUCAUUUCUAGUCAGACCUACUCCCGGAAGAUCGACGUUGAUGUUGGCAACGCCCUGGCUCUUUCGGAUCCACCUGCGAGCGCAUCGGCUUACAAGCGUAACCCCAUGCGUUCUGAGCGUCUGUGCUCGCUCGGAAGACACCUCCAGAACCUCCCCAAGGAUGCGUUGGACACCUACUCCGCGCAAUGGUUCGAGCGUUCUCUGGACGACAGCGCCAUCCGUCGUAUCAGCAUUCCCGAGCUCUAUCUCUCUGCCGAUGCUUGUCUCAUCCUCCUGAACAACGUUACCUCCGGCUUCGUUGUCUACCCCGAGGUUAUCAAGCGUCGUGUCAAUGACGAGCUCCCCUUCAUGGCCACGUAA